UGCGUGGUCCCAAUACUCUUUGCUGUUGGCUUACCUCCACUUGAUUCUGUUCCCCUGUUUGAGCCGGAGCUUUAGCAGUGUGAAGUGAAAAGCCUCGGAAAGAAUUUGGUGCAAGUAUUCAGUGGUCAGUUGACUUGCUGGAGGUGGCCAAAAUACAGUAAAUUGUAUUCAAUGUGUGCAGCAGCAGCUCCCAGUGCUUUAUGUCCUGCUGGCAGCGUCAGGACAGAUGCUUUGUGCAUUCAUAGGAGGCACAGUGCUGUGUGGGUGGAGCGUCCUGCUGGGUGCACAGCGUGUCAUGGAUGCAGUGAAGGAGGCCCAAAAGAGCUCCCUCAGCUCAGGCAAAAUGGUGGCCCUGGCAGCGGGGCUCUCCGUUGGGGCCACGGUGGGCUACAUCGUCUAUCGCCACAUGAGCAGCACCAACCACAGUAAGGGGCCCAACGUUGAGAGUUCAAAGAUGACACUUCCUGUUGACGUUUAUAGGAACAUGUCCAGAUACCAAGCAAAGUUCUUGGAUGUGGUGACCCAGAAGUCUGGAGCUCAUGUGAGGGUUCUGGCAGAUUCCGGGGAGGUAUGUUUCCUGCUGCAGGGCUCUAAGGAACAGAUCUUGCUGGCCCACUGUGUCCUGGAGAACCUGGUCACAGACUGUGAACCUGUCACCGUGGCGUUGGAGGUUCCCCAGACCGCCUUCGGACGUAUUAUAGGUCGGGGAGGAGAGAGUUUGAAGCUGAUCACCAGGACCACAGGGGCCAAAGUAGCUUGUUCCAAAGAGAGGACACAUGGUCCUUCGGCAAAGGGUGACAUCACAAUCACAGGGACCAAAGAAGAAGUGAAACAGGCCAAGGAGCUGAUUCUAGAGAAAGUCAGAGAGGACACGAUGGUGAGGACGAAGAUCUCACAGUCAUCUGCUCUGCGCCAGAAACGUGGCAACGCCAUUAUAAAUCAGAGAGUGGACAGCACCGAGACUGAGGCACCAGCGGGUUUAAACAACAACGGUCUAUACUCUCAGACAGAGAAGAAUGGCCUCAUUCAUGCCUGUGGACCCGCAGGAGAACCAGAAAAUAAUCUUGACAAGAUGGAGGAGCUUAAAUUCAGCAGCACAGACAACAACAAGGAGGAGGAUGAGGAGGAGAGUCUCUCCACAGACUCGCUGUCUGAAGUUUCCAAGUUUGAAAUUCCCAGUCCAGACCUGAGCUUCCAGCCCGACGAACAUCUGGAAGUUUAUGUUUCUGCGUCAGAGAACCCAAACCACUUCUGGAUCCAGAUCCUGGGGGUUCGCUCCCUCCAGCUGGACAAGCUUACAGAGGAGAUGACGCGCUUCUACAACAGCGGCAACCCCACAGAGCAGAGAGUGGAGACCAUUGUGGUGGGGGACAUUGUGGCUGCUCCAUACCGAGACCAUGGUACGUGGAACAGGGCAAGGGUGCUGGGAGCUGUGAGUUCUGGACUAGUGGACCUUUACUAUGUUGACUUUGGGGACAACUGGGAGCUGCCCAGAGACAGCCUCCGCCAUAUGAGGAGUGACUUCCUCAGCUUACCAUUCCAAGCUAUUGAGUGCAACUUAGCAGGAGUGAGACCAAAAGGGGAGGCAUGGACUGAGGCAGCCCUGGAUGAGUUUGAACAACUUACUUCCUGUGCAUCCUGGAAACCCCUGCAGGCCAAACUGUGCAGCUAUUCUCACUCUGAGAUGUCCUCCUGGCCCAGUCUCAAGCUGUAUGUCAACAGUGAGGGCAAGACCGUAGACGUGGGCGAGGAGCUUGUACGACUGGGCCACGCUGUCAGCUUUCAGGAGGCGAUAAACGGAAGGAGUGAGGGCGACGAGCUUGGCUGCCUGCAGAGGAUGCUGGAUGACGUGAUAGGAGCAUCAUCAGAGCUCAGUCUGUCCUGUAUCAGCUUGUCAGAAGUUGCCUCAAUCUCAGGAAGCGUUGAUGAUGCCCUAGACGAUGAGCUGCUCUGAAACCAAAGAAAUGCACACAUAUCAAGCACUGACCAUCUGUUCCUCCGCACCAGUUCUAAUGAGAUGAAGGGGAUUCGUUGUCUGACCCAAACUCAGCCUCAUAACUCCUUGUGAUGCCUUUACCUACUUGACGAGCGUGCAAUACUUGUUCCAGCCAUAUUCACUUUAUUCUUGUUACAUUAGUACACUGGUAAUUAUUUGUUUUGCCUUCAUGUUGUUGUUUUGCACCUUAUUCAGCUUUGCUUAAAUAUGUCAUCAUUAUAUUUUGUGUUCAAACGAAGACCGGUACAAAAACAGAAUGCCAGUAUUAUGAAUGCGAAGCACUGUGACACGAGUCAGUGGAAACUGAAGGCAGCUGGGGGUUAUUUUCUUCUCCACUUAUUUGCAAAGGAUUUAAUGGCGUAUAUAAAUUAGCUUUCAAGUUAAACUUGGAAAUGUUAAGUGCUGAAUGCGGCCCUUGUUCUCAAGUACUAUAUGAAAAUGUGGCAUCUACUGUAUCACUCACAGAGGACAGAAGGUGUAAUAGAUUGCAUUGUAUAUUAUAAAGGAUUUAUUUUAUGUCAA